AUGGCUGUCACUCAAAGACCUGCUGGCUCGGUUGUCAUUGUUGGUGCAGGCACCCAAGGUCGGCGCCUUGCGUUCAUGUGGUCGCGCCGAGGUGGCACUGUUUGUCUUGUCGAUCUUCAAAAGAAGCAACUAGAAGAGGGCCUCAGUUACGUGAAGCAGCUUCGUAGUGCCGCACUCGAUUCUGGGCAAGAGUAUGGGGAAGUGAAAGUGGCUCAGCCAGAUGCCUUAGAAACGAUUCUCCAGGACGCUUGGCUCGUCGUAGAGUGUGUGCCUGAGAAUCGGGCUUUGAAGCAGAAAGUCAUUACUCAGCUGGACAGUUGGUCACCAGCAUGCACCAUCAUUGCCUCCAAUUCCAGCAGCUACGGGAUUUCGGAGAUUAUCGAGGGAUUGGAGUUGAAGCACAGCAACAGGAUUCUGAGUGCUCAUUGCUACUGGCCGCCUGAGACAUCUGCAAUUGAAAUCAUGGGUCACCAACACACCGAUCCCAAUGUCAUCUCGUUAUUGAUGGAGCAGAGUAGAGCUCAUGGCUUCUCACCAUUUCAUGUGAAAAAAGACUCCAUUGGAUACAUCUACAAUCGAAUCUGGGCUGCGAUCAAGCGCGAAACGCUGCUAGCAUUGUCCGAGGGUGUCUGCUCACCAAGGGAGAUUGAUGCAAUCUUCAAAGACGUGCUCAAGACUCCCAAGGGACCGUGCGAACAGAUGGAUGUUGUAGGACUUGAUGUGGUCUUGGACAUUGAGAAUCACUAUGCAGACUCACGCACGGGGAUUCCCACAGAGCCAAGGAUCUAUCUCCAGCGGAUGAUUGAAAGCGGACGUCUUGGUGUCAAGAACGGCAGUGGAUUUUACAACUAUCGAAGCGAUGCUGUCGAGACAGGAAACGAACUCAGCACGGCAAAUCUCUAG